GGGGCGCUGACGCUGCGCGGGCGCCGCUUCCGGGCCGGCGCGGGCGGGCGGACACACGGACAGAGGAUGAGCGGCGCCCGGCGCAGGGAGGAGCCGCCGCACGGGCAGCAGCACGCGGUGGCCAACGGCGGCGCGGCCGGGCGCGGCUCCGUGUGGGGGAAGGCGCUGCGCAGCGACUCUGCCUGGCACGACAAGGACGAGUUUUUAGAUGUAAUCUACUGGUUCCGGCAGAUCAUCGCAGUUAUUUUGGGAAUCAUCUGGGGAGUAGUUCCGCUGAAGGGAUUCGUGGGAAUAGCAGUGUUCUGCCUGAUCAAUGCCGGUGUGCUAUACCUCUACUUCAGCAGCUUCCAGCAGAUAGAUGAGGAGGAGUACGGCGGGACGUGGGAGCUGACAAAGGAAGGAUUCAUGACAUCUUUUGCACUGUUUCUGGUUGUUUGGAUAAUCUUCUAUACUGCCAUCCACUAUGAUUGACGCAGCCUGCAGCUCUUGCCUCUUAAAUCAGUCAUCAGUAAAUCCAGAAGGUUUUAAUAAAUCGUAGUCUUUAGUGGACUGGUGGGAAGGUGGGGGAUGUCAAAUCGAAUCCCUUUGGUACCAGUGGUGUGAUUAGCCUGGAAGAGCCCCACCUGUUCUGCUGGAGAAAUCCAUCUCUGUUUUAUAUUCCCGUUAAUUGUUGGAACUAUUAAAAAGCCAUUGGAAUUUUUGGAAGUGGUUCAAGACUGUUCAAAUUUGGAACUUCCUGUGACUCUAGCCAGGAACUCCGUCAAACUCCUGUGUGCUGGGGGUUGAGUCUGUUAAUUUAAUGUCUGAAUGCCCUCCCGUUUGAAAUCUGUCAUUAAACCCUGACUCGUCUUCCAUUGUUGUCCUUCAGACAAACGGUUUUUAACAGCACUGGUAGGGUGGGUGGAGGCACCGCAGCACCAGGAACGGAGCUGCGGGGCUGUCCUUCACCCGCUUUGUAGGAAGAAAUCAGAGUUGAUUAAACAGCCCGAGUUGUAACCAUUCCAAAUACUUUUUAUUCUACUUGCGAAUCGGUUGUUGACCAGAAUUGUGAAAAGGCCUUUGCCGAAGAUGGAUUUUUAAGCAAUAUGCAAGGAAAGAAUUGUGGUUCAUUUCGUUAACGACGGUGCAUUCAGGAGGCUCGGAAAUGACGCUCUGCUCUGCUGGCUGGACUGCUGAGUUGCCAUCGCAUGCCUCAGAGCUUAGUGGUCUCGAAGGACUCUGGAGAAACUCUGUCAAGUGUUAAACAUUUACAUUCUUUUAUUUUUAUGCUCUUGAAUUCAACUGCUCCUUGUUGAUAAAUGUAGGAGUCUAAGAAACAACUGAGGCAGCUAUUACUUUACGUGCAGAAUUACUAACUUGCAAAUCAGGCAGAGCACAAAGCCUCUGUUUUGUGAGGUGCUCGAUCACUUCACAGCCCAGUUCCUCCACAGCCAUGCCCUUCUUGUGCACCGGGAGGGGAGACUCUGCUUUAAGGUAUUUUUUAAGGACGUAUCUUUCAGUAAUUCUCGGGAAACACGCACAGUCCUUGCUGUUGUCAGGGGACCUUGUAGUCUUGUUGCCAUGCAGUCCUUGCUUUUCUAACCCACAGCUCAGGCACCUGGAAAGAGUCCUGACCUAAAGCUGCCUUAUAGUGAGGAGUCGGUAGUUUCCGUUUGCUCUUGCUGAAAGCCUGCAUUGCUUCCUCGCUGCUGGAGGUCCAUCCUGCAGCCUGGUUCUCACAUGCAAAGCCAGGAAUGUGAAUCUCUAAGUGCUGAGCUAGGGCUUCAGAAUUGCCCUCGGGUGCCAGCCUCCAUUCUUCCCAGAGACAACACUGUCUGUUCUUGGUGGGAAAACCAUCCCUGGCUAUUUUAGGUCCUUGGGAUGCCAAGGGAAGAGUGCAAUAGCAGACAGGUUCUGCUACUUGUGAGUUGCCAGUUUAAGUAAGCGGUCUCAAAUAAAAACGUCUGUAUUUUCUGCUCCCCAUCCUCAAACCUCUUCAGUCUUUUAGUCCAAUACUUCCUUUUCCUUCUCUUUCAGCUGAAAGCAUUCAUUUCCCACAAGGAUUCCAUAGCCUGCUAGUUCUAGGUCACCCUUUCCUACUGUCUUGUCUGUUUGCGUCUUAGCUGCUCACAGCCAUCAGGAAAACCAUUGUAUACUUGAAAUGCUCUAAUAAAUGUUGCCUGGAUAAUCCACUG